AUGAAUGCCCGCAACACGAGCCUUAUUUCAUUACGACUACUGCCAUCAUCAUCAUCAACGUCGUGGCCAGAAGAGAGAGAAACGGGCUCUUUACAUUCAUCAUCAAAUCAUGUUCCAAUUUCAACAGAAUCAUUAACAGAAAAAUUUUUAAUGAAUUCCAAUUCAACCUCGGCAGUGAUGAUGGAGAAACAAUCAUCAUGGAAGAGUCCAACCACCACCAACGCGUGCUACAGUGAUGAUACAAGUGGUAAUUACAAUAAUUAUUUUCGUAAUUUAAAUGAAAUUCGGAAUGGCCAUACAUUGGGUGGAAGUAUUUCUGUUUUGAGUGGAAAUUACACGAAUUAUUCUUCUCAACAGAAUUGUCAUGAUGAAACACCAAGGAUUUAUGAGGAUGUUUGUGUUUGUUCUCCAUUAUCAUCAUCAACAACACCUAGCAAAUUCACAGAAUAUCCCAAUAAUGAUGAGGGCAUAUCCAAUUCAUCAUUUCAACAACAGAACCAUCAUGGAACUAUUCGCUCCAGUCUAUCAUCACCACCACCCUCUUCACACAACAAUAAUCAUUCCACUCCAACAGAGCUCAUUGUCUCGGCAGCAUCCGCAAAUUCUACUUCAUCACCAACAUCUCAAGUGUUUUAUUGGACACUCUCCA